GCAGUAGUAGUAGUACUAUAAAAGCUAGCACGCUAGAGGUCGAAACUUAGUCGUUUGUUGUGAGUUCAAUUGAAAAGUUCAUUAACAAUGAUUAAAUACACUUCGAUCGGGCUAUUGCUCGUAUUACUUUUGAGCAUUAAGACUCAAGAAAGUAAUGGAGCCAAUAUCUUGGGAAUUUUCGGCACACACAGUCCCUCCCAUGUGAUCGUGCACAUGGCUGUGAUGAAAACCCUUGCGGAUCGGGGUCACAACAUCACAGUGGUGACCCAGAUGAAACCGAAAUUGGCAGCGCAUGAAAAUAUCACUGUGAUUGUGGCACCACCGACUCCCGAACGAAAGAAAUUCAUCGACGAAUAUAUGAAGGAAACAUUCAAUGACAAACCUUCUAUCUGGACGACCAUGCUAAAAGCCGUCACCCAGGCGAAUGUUCAGUUGGAGGGACAGCGUGAGUUUAUGGUGCAUCCCGAUUUUAAGGAGCUGUACGAGAAUCCAAAGACCAAAUUUGAUUUGGUGAUCUUGGGUCCGAUGGCCAACGACUUUCAGCUGGGCAUUGCAGCCAAGCUCCGCUGUCCGGUGAUCAUAACUUGGGUGGGCGUGCCACUGCCCUUUAUGGACGUUAUUGUGGGAAAUGUCAAUGAUCCAUCCUAUGUGCCCAGCUUGAAUGUAGCCCUCGAAGCUGGCCAAAACACCAUGAAAUUUACCCAAAGAUUUGGAAACUUUUUCAAGCAUUCCUUCCUGAGCGUAGUGAAUAAACUAUUGAACUACAAGAUGAACCAGAUGUACGAGGAAGCUUUUGCCAAUGAGACAGAUCCUGAGUUCCCCAACUACUACGAAAUGAAGCGUCGCAUAUCCUUGCUGUUCUACAACUACCAUUCGCCCAGCGAAGGACCCAUCAGACCAACAGUUCCGCAAUCGAUUGAAAUUGGAGGGAUACAGGUUAAAGAGCAGUCGGAUCCACUGCCCAAGGAACUAGCCCAGUUCCUCGAUAAUGCCGACGAGGGCGCCAUAUUUUUCAGUUUGGGCACCAAUGUGAAUACCAAUAACUUUGGACCCGACUUUGCAGAUAUCCUGUACAAAGUGCUCUCCAAACUGCCCCAGAGAGUCGUGUGGAAAUGGGAGGAUCUGAGCAAUAAGCCAGGGAAUUCGUCUAACAUUUACUUUAGCAAUUGGCUGCCGCAGGACGAUAUCCUAGCUCAUCCAAAGGUAAAACUGUUCAUCACCCACGCUGGCAAGGGCGGAGUGGCGGAGGCCCAAUACCAUGGGGUUCCCAUGCUGGCAUUGCCCAUUUUUGGAGAUCAACAGGGAAACGCUGAGAUCAUGACAAAGUCGGGUUUUGGCCGUUGGUUGGAUAUUCACACAAUGACGGCACAGGAACUGGAGGAGAAUAUCCGUGAGGUCCUGGAGAAGCCAUCAUAUCGAGAGGCCAUCGGCAAAUUCUCCACCCUCUAUAGGGAUCGUCCCUUGACCGCCCGGCAAUCGGUUGUCUACUGGACCGAGUACGUGUUGCGUCACCAGGGAGCCUAUCAUCUGCAGAGUCCCCUCAUCCACAUGGAUUUUGUGGCCAGCAGCAAUCUCGAUGUCUACGGAAUAGUUCUCCUCGCCAGUCUGUCGCUACUCAUUUUACUCAAAAUAAUAUUUAAAUUCAUAUUUCGCAAGGUUUUAAGAGUUGUGCGUGGCCACAGUUAUCGCGCCAAAACAUUGCCUAACAAGCUUAAAAAUAAUUAACCGUUCAGCCAUCUUAUCAUUGCGUAUACGUAAUAUCACUGGGCGUUAUGAAAUACGAAAGUGCAUGAAUGUGUUGCUGCGGGGUCAGUGAUCAAGUAGGUAGUCUAGUCUGCUCUUAGGAAUAAUCAAAUUAAUAAAUUAAUACUAAUAAAAAAGAAUAAC